CUCUACAAAGACCGUGCAAGUUUCAGAUCCUAGCAGGAAUGCGUUGAUCAUGUCUUUACCCUACAGUGUGUUCGGCAAAACAUAUGUAGAUAUCCGACGGUGUACAUAUUUCCUGGUCUGAAGACAAUGCUUGACUCCUUCAAUCAAGAAAUAUUUGAGCAAUGUCUGAAUUUGAAGGGAUUGCCUAACAUAUAUUAUUUUGACCGAGGAAUUUUAUUUUAACAUGUACGGGCGUACCUGGACUUAUAAAGUCGUCGUCUAAAGUGACAGCUGUCAGUAGUGUCUACCAUGGAUUCCUAACAUUUGGAAAGACUUGGUUGACUGAGAGCGCUAACGCAUUCUAAACCUUUUGGGUAAAAAGCAAUGGUCCAUUGAGGAUUUAUUAUUACUCACAAUUUGUGAAUUUAUUGUACUUUCAUGGUCAUCCUAUCGUGAAACCAUUGUUGCUAAGUAUAAAUUACCUUGAGAAGGAUAUCAGGACACUUGAAUAGUGUCGAUGGAAGUCAUAUUUUCCUUUUGCAACCUUCAAGUUUCGAAAAUUAAAACAAAAGAUUUAUUGGUUUAAUUCCUAAUGUAUGCUUCGUUAGUGAUAUUCUUCAAUGCCACUAUCAUAGUAGCAAUGUGAUCAGUUCAAAUCUACCGUUAUUCUACACAGUCUUUCGUAGUUUCGAAAAAAACACGGGGUUGUCAGAAUUUUUUAUAGCGUCUCAGAGUUCCUUAACGUGAUGCACUGAUGUUAAACUAACGUAGUAGGAAUGAUCUUCAGUGUAGAGAGCAUUCUUAAUAUUUAACUAAAGCAUUGAAAUGAUGUUAUUUCGUAGUUUCUUUUCGAUCGCUGCAUAAACAGCAUGGUUAACAAUAACAUAAUAGACUGUAUGAACAAUAAUCAGUUAUAUAAUACAAAUGUACAUACUAACAGCCAAUCGUAUUUUAGUAGGUCAGUUCAUGGUAGGCGAAAGGUUGUGAAGGCCAUUGUCUUCUGUGAACACAUUAUAUGGGAUGCAUGUGAUUGACACUGUUUCGACUAUCAACUUUCAUAACCUUGAAUUGGAGUUAUAUGAAGUAAAUACGAAGCAGUCAAUAAUAACUGAUUUUGUGACUAACCAUCAACAAAUGCUUUGCUUUCUCUAUGUAACUUAACAACUAUUUAGCAAGAUGCUCCUUCAAACGAUAUUUUAAUAUUCUAUUGGUUGUACUUAUAUUUGUGUUCUAUCAACUUCAGAGGAACUUGUAGAGACGGAGUCCAAAGACUUUUAUCCGUUAAAUGGAGGCCGAAUAUGCAUUAAAAAUGUUCGCGAUGGAUGUAAGGAGAAGGGAAGCAGUAUAGAAUGUGUAAUUGAUAGCCGAAUGAAACCCUUGAGCUACCGACUGCAGGAUUCGAUCACCCUUAAACGUUAGGUAGCUUAAUAAAGGCGGGUUUCUCUGUCAUGGAAGCUGUCUUUUUUGACAGUAGUCUAUCUUAGUUGCUAAAAAGCUGAAUAUGUGCCUCGUAGCUCAUCGACGAAUGUAUCGCUUGUGCAAAUUUUAGGUGUAGGCACGGAGAACAAGUAUUUCAUUAGGGAAUAUUUCUACUGCAUUGAAGUCAAACACCUGGAAUAAAGGUAUUGUCCACUCGAUGUCUGCUUUCGAAAUAUUGAUCGCCUAAUUGUUCCAUCAUACCCUUUGGUUAAUGAAAUAUCUAGGAAUCCCACUUGAAUGAAUAGAAGACCAUAAGUUCAGCAAACAGUCACUUUUCGGCUAAUUCAUUUUCAUAACUGUACAAUCGCAAAUAUAUAUGGUUGUUUUGUAUGUGUGUAUGUGCACAUUAAAUCUGUCAAACGAAAAUACAAUUAAUAAGUUCAGAUGAAUUGGAUGUUGAUAUACGAGGAUAGUAACAAGAGAGAUAAGUUGUCACACAUGAUUGUUAAAGAAGAGUUAUGUGAUGGCGUGAAUAGUUUGAUGAAAGAGUUGUGCUCAGGGUGUACAUGGAAACAAAAUAACAUACGGAAUUACGCAAGGGUUUUAAGUAGUCAGAAAAAUAAGCAUACAAACAAAAGUUGAGUCAAAUCAACGGAGUUGUUACCAUGAGAGUAGAAGAGGUUAGAUAAUUUUCUCUUGUAUGCAUAGUUCUGGUUCUUCCAACUGAAUAGCUAGGGCUUCUGCGAUGCAAAGAAGACGGAAGCGUAUUGUCUUUGGAAGGUUGUUCUUCACUUUGUAGAUUACUUUGAAGCGGGAGGCGUUUGUUGAGAUGGAAUGACCAGUGUUGACGAGAUGUUCGAUUAUUACACUCCCCAUACGGCCACUACUUCCCUUCUGCAGCCACACUGGAUAGUGCUCUUUGACCCUUUUUGACAGGGUGCGCGUUGAACGACCGAUGUACCUGGCUCCGCAGCAACAGGUGAACUGAUAUAUACACAGAAGUGGUUAGGUGCUGGAUCUUGUCCUUUGGGCUUCUGUAGAUCAGCGAGUGACUGGAGAACACUACUCUCAGUGUUGCCACAAAGAAAGUUCUUCUUGAAAAAGUCGAAAUUUUCCUCCCAAGGACAUCAUUGAGUAGGUCACCUUUGAAGUCGACAAUCAUAUACAGUAUCUUUUUUGGCAUGGAUAGUGCCACAUGCUUUUGGAUUUUCUAUUUGAUAUUUAUGUCUACGAAUCUUGAUGGAUAACUGUCUUGUAUGAAGGUUUCUUUCAGGAAGCGUAGUUCUUCUUACAGGGUGUCAGAGCUGCAGAUGUGUCGGACGCGGGUGGCAAGAGAUCUAAUUAGGUUUCUUUUUCGAAUGAUUGGUACCCAGCUGUAGAAGCUUGUCAGUUGGCCGUUCCAUGUGGGUCUCCUAUGGAUGGACCUUCUUCAAGUUCCUUCAACUCUCCUUAGCUGCCUAUGAUUCGGUGCUAAAACAGGAUGUAGCAAUAAAAAAAUUGGCUCGCCCCUUUCAAAAUGUCACACACGCCAAACGUGCCUAUCGUGAAUUUGUCCUGAUGAAACUGGUGAAUCAUAAAAAUAUCAUAUCAUUACUAAACGCAUUUACUCCUCAACAAACACUACAAGAUUUCCAAGAUGUAUAUUUAGUCAUGGAAUUUAUGGAUGCGAAUUUAUGCCAGGUGAUUAAUCUAGAUCUAGAUCAUGAACGAACUUCCUAUCUAUUGUAUCAAGUCCUUUGCGGUGUAAAACAUUUACACGCAGCUGGUAUCAUUCAUCGAGAUUUAAAACCCAGCAAUAUUGUGGUGAAGCACGACUGCAGUUUAAAAAUACUGGAUUUUGGAUUAGCUCGUACAGCUGGAGACAGUUUUUUAAUGACUCCAUAUGUGGUGACUCGUUAUUAUCGAGCACCAGAAGUUAUAUUGGGAAUGGGUUAUUCCGAAAAUGUAGACAUAUGGUCAGUUGGUUGUAUAUUUGCCGAGAUGGUUCUUGAACGUAUUCUUUUUCCCGGUUAUGAUCAUAUUGAUCAAUGGACAAAAAUAACAGAAGAACUUGGUACACCAGGACCAGAAUUUAUGAGUCGUUUAGAAUAUGCUGUACGUAAUUAUGUUAUGUCAAGACCAAGAAAUGAACCUCGACCAUUCACUGAACUCUUUCCAGAUGAUCGUUUCCCACCGUCGAGCACUGAGCACGAAACACUGAACGCUGAUCAAGCUCGUGAUUUAUUGAGUAGAAUGUUAGUGAUAGAUCCAUUACAGAGAAUAUCUGUCGAUGAAGCUCUACACCAUCCAUAUAUCCACGUGUGGUAUGAAGACUCUGAAGUCAAUGCACCACCGCCAGCUCGAUAUGAUGAUUCCUUUGGUGAAAGAAAUUUAUCCGUUGAAGAAUGGAAAGCUCGUAUUUUUCAUGAAGUCAAAGAAUUCGAAGUACACGAAGCUCAUUUACGUAAUGCUCAAAAUUAA